GGUUUUGUUGAUGGGUAAGAGUGGGUCUGGUAAGACCAGUAUGCGCUCCAUCAUCUUUGCCAACUACAUCGCUAGAGAUACAAGAAGACUUGGAGCCACAAUCGAUGUUGAGCACUCGCAUGUCAGGUUUCUUGGUAAUCUGGUCCUCAACCUUUGGGACUGUGGAGGACAAGAAGCAUUCAUGGAGAACUACUUCACCAGCCAGAAGGACAACAUCUUCCGCAAUGUGGAAGUGCUGAUCUAUGUCUUUGACGUGGAGAGCAGAGAACUCGACAAGGAUAUGCAUUACUACCAAUCUUGCCUGGAAGCCAUCUUGCAGAGGUCACCUAAUGCCAAGAUCUUCUGUCUUAUCCACAAGAUGGACUUGGUCCAAGAGGAUCAGAGAGAAUUGAUCUUCAAAGAAAGGGAAGAAGAUCUGAAGAGGUUGUCCAAGCCCCUAGACUGCACCUGCUUCAGAACGUCCAUCUGGGACGAGACCCUCUACCAGGCCUGGUCCUCCAUCGUCUACCUCCUCAUUCCCAACGUAGAACAGCUCAAGACCAACCUCAUUAACUUUGCCGACAUCAUCGAUGCUGACGAGGUGCUCCUCUUCGAAAGGGCAACCUUCCUGGUAAUAUCACAUUGUCAGAGGAGAGAGCAUAGGGAUGUACAUAGAUUUGAGAAGAUUAGUAAUAUCAUCAAACAGUUCAAGCUUAGCUGCAGUAAAUUGGCCGCAUCAUUCCAAAGUAUGGAGGUUAGGAAUUCCAGCUUUGCAGCCUUCAUAGAUGUCUUUACGCAGAAUACCUACGUCAUGGUCAUCAUGUCUGACCUGUCAAUACCCCCAGCCACGACCCUGAUCAACAUCAAGAAUGCCAGGAAGCAUUUCGAGAAGCUAGAACGAGUCAACGAACAUCCAAUGGUCCGCUGAGGGAACUAUUUAUAGAUUUUGAAGAAGAAAAACUAAUCAUCACACCAAGGAAAUUUUAUCUUCUGUAUGAUUUCAAUUUGAUGUCACAUGAUAUGUCCAUGGUGUGAUGAAAGAACUAUGUUGUAGUUUGGCUGUUAAAAACCUCAUUCAUCAAACUUGAACAAUUUCCAGAACAGCUCAGACUAAGCUCUAUUUCAUAGUUAUGACAUAACCAACAUCCUUCUCCUGCCUAAAAAGAAUCCUCUAUAUGAAUUAGGAAACUUUUUUUACAGACAAUAUGAAGUCGCUAACAUUGCCAUAAUUAUAAAAUACAGCUUUUUCUAAGCCAUCCUCGAAAUUUUGAAAAGAGUUUUUUAACCGCCAAUCGACGAUAUGCAAAUCAGGUAUUACCUAACAAGUAAAUAUAUCCUCUACAAGAUUUCAGUAUGGUGCACAAAAUGUCCUGGAUUUUAUUGGAGAAGUAUAUAUUUAUACAAACCUUAAGAAUACAUCAUAUCGGGUAAAUGCAUUUCCUUUUAAGGUGGAUUUAAUAUAAAAUAUUUUAUUUUAAAAGUAUACUUUAAUCUGCUUCACUAUUUUGUUUUGAAGGUGCAUGAAAUAUUCAUGAUUUGAAAGAGAAUUAUGUACAGACCUUUAGAGUCACCUAUCAUAUCAAUGUAUCUUCUUCUUGAUAUAUGUCUGAAGGUGCACAAAGUAUAAAUGAAUUGAGAGUGAACUACAUACACACCUUAACCAUACUUAAUUAGGCCUUGGAGGCGGCCUCGCAGUUCUGUGGAACUCCCUCUCGGUAAUGGCAAUUUUGAAUAGUGUUUUAAAUUGAAUAGGAUAAAUUAAACUGAUAAAUUGAAUAUUAACUGUAAAAAGUUCCUAUAUGUUGACUGUCUAUAAUUUAACCAUUGAUUCUGACCAAAGUUUUUAAGUCAAAUCAGAGCCAAAAAUGUUGGUCAUUCACUUUAAUACAGAAAAAAAAUCAAUUAUUAUUACUAUCUUUGUGAUAUUGUCCAAAAUGCACCAUUUCGAUAAUUUUAGUCCAAUCUCAAUUACCUUUCAGUUUAAACAUGUAUUGGUAGUGCAAUUUAUUUUUCUUUUUUUUUUCUUUUUCAUUCUUUGAAUAUAUAACUAUAUAUAACUAUAUUGUGUGCAACAUUUAGUGUCCGAUAGAGGAUUUAAGGCCCUGUUCUCAAUCAUUUUCAUAAACUGGUUCCCACUAAACCAAUCUAGUGAGAAUUUGUCCAGCUCAACUCAACGCUCCAAUCGAUUCAAAAAGCAAUCUUAGAUCACCUCAUGAUGUGAUAUAUAAAAAUUGCUUUACUUGGUUAGACCUCAAAGGAUGAUACCACACACAGGGGCCCCGGGGGGGGGGGGGGGGUGGGGCUGCGCACUUUUUUCCAAAACAGUGUACAAAAACUAAAAAAAUACCAUCUGAUUAUAAUUUUUGCAUGGUCAGCCCCCCCCCCCUCACUUUCAAAACCGCUCCGUGGUCCCUGAAACGGGCAUUAGACAUGCGCCCAAUCACAUUGUUAUUGUUGUGGUUAUCAAUGAAUUCCAUCAAUGUCGUAAUUAUUCCUAAAGGGAAUAGAAACAGAUGAGCCCACUGAUAUGUCAAGACAUGAUGCAUGCUUGAGUAUCAAUCGUGGUUUAUAAAUACUUUUAACAGUCACGUGCAUUCUAGAUUUGGUGUUGGUGGCUGGCCACAGUUGCGAUUGAUCUUAUCAUACACAUUUCUCUAUUAGACUUGGUCCUGGGGGUGUUUCACAAAUGUUUAAAUAGUCAGUGUGUCUUACUGUCGCACUUAAAUUCUUGCUUGCGUGCGGUAUAAAAGGCAUAACCACCUUUUUCAAAAUUAUGCACUACUGCGUUUUAAUCAAUAAGACUGCACGUUAAAUAUCAUUUGCGUGUCAGCAUUUAAGCACGAAUCUAAGUCAUACUUAACUCUUUGUGAAAUGCCUCCCUGGAGGCCAUUUCAGAAAGAGUUGUGUGUGAAUACAACUCAACAAAAAAAAAACAUUCACAAUUCCAAAUGUCUGCUUCAGAUUGGUUGAAAAUCUGAUUUUUGUUUGAUUUUUGAAGUGGCAUUUUAUUACAAUUAUUUCAACAUUAGACCCCUGAUGAGAAAAGAUAUUUCAUACCAUUUCAUCUUGCAAACCAAUGCAGAAGUAUUUCUUGUAUAAUUCCCUCUUUGUUACAACAGUACAUUUUAUUUCAAAUAAGUGCAGGGGCCCGUUGCAGAAAGAGUUGCAAUCAAUCGCAACUCUAAAAAUCAUGCGCAACUUGAUUUUAAACCAAUCAACACUGUGCAUUUUGGACUUGCGAUAGAUUUUUUGACUAGCGUUUAAACGCAACUCUUUCUGCAACGGACCCCAGACUUGGCAACAUGUUCAGUUGUAUGGCGUGGUUGAUCAUAACGUAUAGAGCAUUGUUGUAAAAGUGUUUAACAGGCCUUUUUUUAUAAUACAUUUUCCUAUUAUAUCAUAUAAUAUUGUAGCUUAGUUACAUGUACUUGAUUUAGGUCAACACCAUUAUUCAGUUGUGCCCCCUUUUCUUAAAGGUUAAGUCCAUCGCAGAUAACAGUUGAUUGGAAAUGAUAGAGAAAACUCCAACAAGCAUAACACUGAAAAUUUCAUCAAAAUCGGAUGUAAAAUUUAAAAAGUUAUGACAUUUUUAAAGUUACGCUUAUUUUUCACAAAACAGUUAUAUGCACAACUCGGCGAUAUGCAAAUUAGAGAGUUGAUGAUGUCCAUCACUCUAUUUCUUUUGUUUUUUUGUUGCUUGAAUUACAGAAUAUUUCAAUUUUACAGAUUUGACAACAAAGACCAACUUGACUAAAUCAUAAUCUGUUCAAAUGAUGCUUAUUCUACAUAUUCAGGGAGGAAUAAAAUUUGUUUCACAUGACAAUGAGGAAAAAAUAUUUCAUAUAUUAAAAUACAAAAGAAAUAGUGAGUGGGUGACGCCACUAGUCUGCUCAUUUGCAUAUCGACCAGGAUGUGCAUAUGUUUUGCAAAGUUAAGCGAAACAUGAAAAUGUCAUAACUUUCUUAUUUUACAUCAUAUUUUGAUGAAAUUCUCAGUGUUAUGCUUGUUUGAUUUUCCUCCUUUUAUUCAAAUCAACUUUUUAUUGGGGUGGACUUGUCCUUUUAACUUGUCCUUUAAGGACUGUUUCAAAUUUAUACUCAACGAAAGAAUGUUUUGUUUCUUUCUGUUAUUUCAUUUCUGCAUGCUCCAUUUCUUUAUCACUUCCUCAUGGUAAUAUUUCAAUUUUGUCUUUAAUUCAUUCUAAUUUAUUUGAAUAAUUUCAAGUAAAUAAGCAGACAAAUUUUAUAUUGAAAACCCUAAAGAAGAGACUUAAUUGAUGAACUGGAGGUUACCAGAAAUACAGUAACACUAACCCUGAUGUUCUAGUUUAUGGAAUAUAUAUAUGUAUAGAAAGAUUUAUUGCACAUAUUGUCAUUUUGUACAUGUAUAUAAUGAAUGCAUGCUCUUGAAUUAUGUGUUUCAAAAUUGAUUGUACAGUAUGUUUAUUGAUGAUUUUGCAGAGCCAUUUUUAGGCUAUGUCUUGGUGACAUGAAAUAUUUUUUAUGUCUAAGUAAAUAAUGAAUAUAUGAAAAUAUAAAGUACUUUAUAUACAAUGUGAAA